CGAGCCCCUGUGAACUCCGCUAAGGUAGUUUGUACUGACGUCAUUGUGACCGUCAUCUUGGGGUACUAUAGCACUUCGAGAAGCGGCGUAAACAAGAAACGUGACAGCACGACAUGCAUGCCUUGCGCCGAGCGACAAAGCGAUAACUGAUAUUUCCUUAAAGGCAAUCACCAUCAAAAAGCAAAACAAAAUGCGCAUGAUAAGCACGGUGAGAGCUGCGUCCGUGACGUCACGGGAAAACUACUUAUAAGGAGCGCCCGCACAGACGUGGACGCUCAAAUUUUAUCAGCGGCGUCUUCAUAACUUCUUUCAUAACGCGUCUUGAACCCAGAUUUCUACAAGGAUCUGCAGGCUACAUUCCAACGGAAAUCAGCCAUGGCCUAUGUAACCCUGGGUUUCGGCGAGAUCUUCAACACUGCUUAUCAUGUGCUGAACGCUAUCGCCAACGACGUUGGAGAUAGUGACCUCAUGGCGUCCAAGGUCCUGGCUCGGUAUAAGGACAAGGAGAACGCAUCUUCUAGCGCCUUGUUCUCUCCAGUGGACAACGCCAUGAACUAUUAUGACAAGAUGGUCAGCGCACUGAAUGCAGAAGGAAGUUCUAAGGAGCUUCCAAAGAAAGUCGAACGCUCCCUCAGACAAGCAGUGGAAGGCAUGAAAGCAGAGACAUUACAGAUGGCCAGUACCGCUCACAUGCUGAACCACGACAAAAGUAUCGUGAACCCGCAGUCUCUGAGAAUUUACAGGGCGGCUUUCCUGAUGGUGUCCGUGGUGUCGGUAGCCAUCAUAGUGGCGGGUCUUAUCUUCGGCUUCAUCCUGGGCGUAUCCAACUACCGCUCCUACAUGAGGCCUACGCAGCGGAACACCGCGUGCAACAUGGGAGGCAUCGUGCUCAUCUCCAACGCAGGUCUCAUGUGGGCCACGUGUGCCUUCAUCCCGGUGCUGCUGACCUUCUGCUUCCCCCUGGCGGCUCUGCUUGAGGCGUACGUCUGCCAGCCGUACGACGAACGAGACGGAUCCAGCAUGGACGGGAACGCUCAACGUUUCCGCACGCAGCUCUUCGGGGCUGCGGAAACGCAACGUUUGCAAGAAUACGUCAAGAACUCCUCGCUAAACGCCAUCAACAAUUACGCCAAGAGCAUAAUGGACAACCUACAACAAGAUAACCUUGCAAAACAGCUUAUGCUCAGCACGGCAUCGAAGGAAUUCGAUAUCUUUUUGGAUUCCGUGAAAACUGUAAGCGCCUCCACCACCAAACUUCUGGCUUCGAAGGGCCCGACAACUGACGUAGACGUGGCGAUCGCCCAGGAAGUGAUUCUGUUUUUAAACGACUCCUUGGGGAAAGCGGAGGAGAUAAAGAGGGAAGCUACCCAAACGCUCCGUACGAGCGUGGGAGAUUGCGCCGCUGCCCGGAGGGUGGCGUCCAUCGGGUUUCUCGUUGCGUGCCGGAUAGUGUCGGACAACAUGAACGGCCUGUGGCUGUCGCUGGUGUGCUGCCUGCUGAGCAUGUUGGCCGCCAUUCCAGUGACGCUGAUGAUCUCCCGGUACUUCGUGCGCAUGCAACGCUACCUGGUGGACGGCAAGCCACCCGACGAAGAGGUUCGAGACGAGCAGGAAGCCAGGAUGAAGCAGGAAAAACAUCUCAAGGAGCACAUCUUGCAACAGAGUCGCGACGCGCGCUGCCUGGUGAUGAGCUUCGACACGCUCGAAGCGCCGCCCACCCUGCCCCCGGUGUCGGCGGACAGCGGCAGCUCUGAGCUGGCGCGAAUCAUCCCCACCGCUGUGGUGCGCCGCGUGGGCAUCGACGACCCGAAGCUACCCAGGGGCAAAGAAUCGCCCUUCUGCCGGGUGGUGGCGCUCAAGCCCGCAGGCUCCGAAUCUGUGGAGGUGAAGGCUUCUGGAGAGAACGCAAACGCAAAAAGCGUAGACAUCGAGAAGAUAUAA